AUGAGGACCCCUUCUCUCGUCUGGCUUGCUUUUUCGUGGGUGGUUCACGCGGUGCCUACCCCGCGCGCUGCAGCCCCUACUGUGACUCUUCCUAGUCCAGUUGCUACUAUCGUUGGGACAGCCGGCAAUGUUGAAGUCUUCAACAACAUUCCUUUUGCGCAAGCACCCACCGGCUCGCUGCGUCUGAAGCCGCCGCAGCCGAUUCAGACGUCGCUUGGGACAAUUCAAGCCACUGGAAGCUCCCAGUCAUGCCCGCAAUUCUAUUUCUCCACCAGUGAUCUCCCAACCUCAGUCCUAGGCAUUCUUGCCGAUAAUCCACUGGUACAAGUUGCGACAAAUGCCGGUGAAGACUGUCUGAACAUCGACAUUCGUCGUCCGGCGGGAACUACUUCUGACUCGAAGUUGCCCGUGCUGGUUUGGAUUUUCGGAGGUGGAUUUGAGCUUGGUUCGAAGUCAAUGUAUGACGGCACAUCCUUGGUUCAGUCAUCGAUCGACUUGAACCUACCCGUUAUCUUUGUUGCGAUGAACUACCGCGUGGGUGGAUUCGGAUUCCUCCCGGGCAAAGAGAUCAAGGAGGACGGGUCUUCCAAUCUUGGUUUGCUGGACCAACGAUUGGCUCUGGAGUGGGUUGCCGACAAUAUUGCAGCUUUUGGAGGAGACCCGGAAAAAGUCACGAUCUGGGGUGAAUCAGCCGGUGCAAUCUCUGUCUUCGAUCAGAUGGUGCUCUAUGACGGCGACAACACUUAUAAGGGCAAGCCGUUGUUUCGUGGAGGCAUCAUGGAUUCCGGGAGUGUCGUACCUGCUGAUCCGGUCGAUGGGGUUAAGGGACAAGCUGUUUACGACCACGUCGUCUCGUCGGCCAAAUGCUCCUCCGCCAACGAUACGCUUGCGUGUUUACGGGACUUGUCAUAUGACGAGUUCCUGAACGCCGCAAACUCUGUUCCUGGUAUCUUGAGUUAUAGCUCUAUUGCCCUGUCGUACGUUCCCAGACCGGACGGAAAAGUGCUCACGGCAUCUCCGGACGUUCUUGGAAGGGCCGGCAAAUUUGCGCGCGUACCUUUCAUUGUGGGCGACCAAGAGGACGAGGGAACACUGUUUGCUCUCUUCCAGUCCAACAUCACCACAACCGACGAGCUAGUCAAGUACCUAAGCGACUACUUCUUCUACGAUGCCAGUCAAGAGCAGCUCGAUGAGCUCAUCAGCCUUUACCCAGAUACCACAACAUAUGGCUCUCCGUUCCGCACGGGCACCAGCAACAACCUGUACCCGCAGUUCAAGCGUCUCGCUGCUAUCCUCGGUGAUCUGACCUUCACCAUCACCCGCAGGGCCUUCUUGGCCUACGCCGCUGAGAUAGCACCCAAUUUACCAAGCUGGUCGUACCUGUCGAGCUACGACUACGGCACACCAAUCCUCGGAACCUUCCACGGCAGCGACCUGCUACAGGUUUUCUACGGCAUUUGGCCCAACUAUGCGGCCAAAUCCAGCCACACCUAUUACUUCAGCUUCGUGCAUGACCUCGACCCAAAUGUCUAUCGUGGCAGCUAUCCCGAAUGGCCCGAGUGGCAGGAGGGCCAGCAGUUGAUGAACUUCCAGGCCAAUUCGGUGGCCCUGUUGGCGGACAAUUUUCGAAACGAAACGUAUGACUUUAUUCUGAAAAAUGUGGAUACCUUCCAUAUCUAG